AUGGGCUCCCUCGAAGCUGAGAGCCGCUUCAAAGCAGACAGUGUAGCAAUCAUCGGGGCCGGUCCCAGUGGUGUAGCAGCGGCGAAGUAUCUCCUCGCCGAACGAGCCUUCUCCCGAAUCACAGUCUUCGAGCAACGAUCUGGAGUGGGUGGGAUAUGGAACUAUGUACCAUACGAUGAGGCGUCCCCAAAGGAUGUCUCGGUACCUCAGACGAACCCUCAUUCGGCCGUUGCUAAGCCUCUCUGGCGGCACAGCAAUGCGUCCAAGCUGCUUGGGAAAGAUGUAGAAGAGCAGGCGGCGUUUCUGACGCCGCUAUAUGAAAGGCUGGAGACAAAUAUUCCUCGUAGUCUGAUGGGCUUCUCGGCCCUAGCCUGGCCGGAAAACACCCAGCUGUUUCCAAAGCAUGAUGAUGUUCUGGCAUACCUUGAACGUCAUGCUGAGGGCGUCAGGCACCUCAUCUCGUUCAAUACUCAGGUCCUAGACGUUCACGAGAAGGACGACGGAACAUGGCAUAUCACGACACAGGCAGUGAGCAAAAGCGAGCGGCACGACGUUCAGGAGCACGACUUUGAUGCUGUAAUCGUCGCCAAUGGUCACUACGACAUACCUUACAUCCCCUCCGCUGCUGGCAUCGAAGCCUGGAACUCGGCAUACCCAGGGAUAAUAUCACAUUCCAAGUUGUAUCGCAAGCCAGAACACUACACUGGCAAGAAGGUCAUCGUAGUAGGCAACUCUGCCUCCGGCAUUGACAUUGGGGCUCAGAUCGCGACAGUGUCUCAGCAUCCUCUGCUGAUGUCACAAAAGUCCGAAUCAUAUCUGCAGGUGGGCGAUCCAAGUCCUGGUAAGCAAGAAAAGCCGGAGAUUGUUGAGUAUAUUUUGAAAGACCGCAGUGUCCGUUUCGCAGAUGGCACAAUCGAGAGCAACAUAGAUUCCAUCCUUUACUGCACAGGCUACUUCUACAGCUUUCCAUUCGUCCGAAACCUGGAUCCACCCUUAAUCACGACUGGCGAGAGGGUCGAGAACACAUAUCUGCACACGUUCUACAGACCGAAUCCCAGCCUAGCAUUCACGGUGCUCAAUCAGAAAGUCAUUCCAUUCCCAUUCUCAGAGGCCCAAGCUGCAGUCAUUGCGAGAGUCUUUUCAGGUCGGCUUACACUUCCAAGCCCCGGCGAGAUGGAAGAUUGGGAGGUUGAAACAGUCGAGGAGAUGGGUGAUGGUAGGAGCUUUCAUGUCCUGAAGUUCCCAAAAGAUGCAGAGUUCAUCAAUAUGCUGCAUGAUUGGGCUGUUAGUGUCGACGAUCAGUCGCAGGCCGAUGGUGUCAAGAAGAUUGGCAAAACGCCGCCUCGCUGGGGCGAGAAGGAGUAUUGGACACGAGAAAGGUUCCCGAGCAUUAAGAAGGCUUUCCAGGAUCUAGCAGAUGAGAGACAUCAGAGAACGAGUCUUGAAGAUGUUGGAUAUAACUUCGAGAAGUGGAAGCAGGAGAAGGCGGAGGAGGAUAAGAAGCUGCUGUAG